AGACGAGUCUCUGCUUUUCUCUCAGACGAUUCAAAGUGACGUCUUCAGGUUUUUCUCAACAACUCAACAGAGUCUCUUCCAAACACUGACAUGGCUUCUGCAAACCUUCUGCUGUCUGAAGACCAGUUCCUGUGCUCCGUCUGUCUGGAUGUGUUCACUGAUCCAGUCACAACACCAUGUGGACACAACUUCUGCAAAAAGUGCAUCACUGAACACUGGAAUGUGAGUGACCGGUGCCAGUGUCCCAUGUGCCAAGAGGUUUUCACCACCAGACCAGAUCUGAGGGUCAACACCUUCAUGUCUGAGAUGGUUUCUCAGUUCAGACAGUCGACUCAGCAGAAAGCCAGCAGCAGCAGCUCAGAGCAACAAGAGUCCAGACCAGGAGAAGUUCCCUGUGACGUCUGCACUGGAACCAAACUGAAGGCCCUGAAGUCCUGCCUGGUGUGUCUGGUCUCCUACUGUGAGACUCACCUGGAGCCUCACCUGACAAUGUCAGGCCUGAAGAGACAUCAGCUGAUGGACCCUGUGGAGAACCUGGAAGGCAGGAUGUGUCUGAAGCACGAUAAACCUCUGGAGCUGUUCUGUAGGACCGACCAGACGUGUGUCUGCAUGCUCUGCACUGUGUUGGACCACAAGAUGCACAAUGUUGUUCCUCUGAAACAAGAAUAUGAAGGAAAGAAGGUGGAGCUGCAGAAGACAGAGGCUGAAACUCAGGAGAUGAUCCAGAAGAGACGCCUGAAGAUUCAGGAGGUCCAACACAACGUGAAGCUCAGUGAGGAAGAUGCAGACCGAGAGAAAGCAGAAGGUGUUCAGGUCUUCACUGGUCUGAAGGAGUCUGUGGAGAGGAAACUGAAGGAGCUCAUCACUACGAUAGAAGAGAAGCAGAGAAGCACCAAGAAACAGGCUGAAGACGCCAUCAGAGAGAUGGAACAGGAGAUCUCUGAUCUGAUGAAGAGGAGCACUGAGGUGGAGAAGCUCUCCCUCUCUGAAGACCACCUCCACCUCCUCCAGAGUGUCCAGUCCCUCAACAUCCACCAUCCACCACCCACCAAGGACUGGUCUCAGGUCAGUGUUCCUCCAGCAUCACAUGAGGGGACUGUGAGGAGAGCUGUGUCUCAGCUGGAGGAGACGCUCAGUAACAUGAUGAAGACGCUGGUUGAAGUUGAGAUGAAGAGGGUCCAGAAGUUUGCAGUGGACGUGACUCUUGAUCCUGAAACAGCUCAUCGUGACCUCAUCCUGUCUGGUGACAGGAAACAAGUGAAACAUGCUCGGGUACAUCAGCCACGUCUCCCCGACAAUCCACAGAGGUUCUUUCAAGGUCACUGUGUUUUAGGAACACAGAAGUUCUCUUCAGAAAAACUUUAUUAUGAGGUUCAAGUUAAACAAAAGUCUGAAUGGUUUUUAGGAGUGACCAGAGAGUCGGUCAACAGGAAGGGAUUCAUCACACCGAGUCCUCAGAACGGUUACUGGACUUUAUGGUUGAGAAAUGGAAACGAGUAUAAAGCUCUUGAUGAUCCUCCAGUUCUUCUCUCCCUGAAGUCUGGGCCUCAGAAGGUGGGGGUGUUUGUGGACUAUGAGGAGGGUCUGGUCUCCUUCUAUGACGUAGAAGCUGCAGUUCUCAUCUACUCCUUUACUGGCUGCUCCUUCAAGGAGAAGCUCCUCCCAUUCUUCUGUCCUGGUUAUUAUUAUGAUGGUAUAAACUCUGCUCCUCUGAUCAUCUCUCCUGUUGGAGUAAACUAAUCACUUCUCUCACGUCCUUCAAGGGAAACUAUUUAGACUCAACCCUAUGUGUUCCCCACCUCAUCUCCUCCACCUCAUCUUCUCCACCUCAUCUCCUCCACCUCGUCUUCUAACUGUAGGGAUGCACAGAUACUCGUACACAUGCAGCCUCGUUCCCUCGAGGUUUUCUCCAUCAACUUUUCUCUGAGAGGUUGUCGGCUGUCUGUCUGGAAUGAUCUGUCAGGGUUUCCAGCAGAAACUAAAUAGAAAUACAACAAAAAUAUCUUUAUUCUUUUGUAUUUGUUUUUCUAUCUGAUGGGCAGCUGCAGACAACAUAUUCAUUCAGUCAUCAGGAUUCAUUUAGGAGUAAUACAUAUUACAUGUUUAUAGUGUCUCCAGAAUAAAGUUUGUCUCCUUGUGAUACUGAACAUAACAAGUUAAACAAAGGAGAAAAGAUGUCAACGGAGUUUAAAACUUCAUUUAAAAAGGGGUUUAAUUGAUGACUCGUCACUUUGGACUUUUUAUUUUGUUUUGUGAAAACUGGUGAGAUGACUCGAGUCCAAGACAUCUGUAAAUAUAGGAUUGUUGAGUUAAAACUUCAAAAUAAAGUUGUUGUUGUUAUCGCAAAGCAUUGUGGGAUUCCAGGCAAUGCAGAAACUUAAAUUGUUGAAUGUCUUUACCUGAUUCUUAACUUUUUGUUCACGUUAUUUGGCCUGAAACGCGAAGGCCACGCCCGACAGUGACCCGUGGCGAGCAGCGAUUGGCCGGAUGACGUGUGACAUCGGCCUCGGGAAAACUUAGUUUGACUGAACUUUGUAAAAUGUUCAACUGCAAAGUUUUUACAAUCAUCAAACUUGCCAAACACCAAUAAAAAGUUCAAGUGAAA